GAAAGGGCCACAGAGAUGGGUCGCCCUCCCGCGAGCGGUUCCAGCGGGUACCCACCCACUCCCGCCCCAGCCGAGGGCUCGGAGGACAGCGCCCCGAGCACCACGAGGGAGGGGGUGGGGCCCGCGCGGGCGGCUCAGAGUGCGGAGCCCUUUGCGGGCGCCCCGCAGGCCGCAGGCUCGUCCUCCCGCCCCCGCGAGCGCCGCUGCUAUUGGCGGAAAGUUCCGGGGCUGCGCCGCGAUUGGCCGCAGCCCGGCCCGCCGCCUCCAGCAGCUCCCCGGCGCCCGCGGGGCUGCGCAGCCCGGGCGUGGGGGCGGAGGGCGCUGCGCGGGGCCGGAGCCCGGGGCUCCCUGCGCCCGCGCGCCAUGCUGCCCCCCGCGCUGCUCUGCGCGCUCUGCGGUGGCCUCUGGGCCGCGGCCGCCCGCGCCGGCUACUCGGAGGACCGCUGCCGCUGGAGGGGCAGCGGCCUGACCCAGGAGCCCGGCAGCGUGGGGCAGCUGGCCCUGGCCUGCGCGGAGGGCGAGAUCCAGUGGCUGUACCCGGCCGGCGCGCUGCGCCUGACCCUGGGCGGCUCCGACCCCGGCGCGCGCCCCGGCAUCGCCUGCCUGAGGCCGGCGCAGCCCUUCGCGGGCGCCCAGGUCUUCGCGGAGCGGGCGGGCGGCGGCCUGGAGCUGCUGCUGGCCGAGGGCCCCGGCCCUGCCGGGGGCCGGUGCGUGCGCUGGGGCUCCCGCGAGCGCCGGGCCCUCUUCCUGCAGGCCACCCCGCACCCGGACAUCAGCCGCCGCGUGGCGUCCUUCCGCUUCGAGCUGCGCGAGGACCUGCGGCCCGAGCUGCCUCUGCAGGCCCGCGGCCUUGGCGCAGAUGGUGCCUGCAGGCCCUGCAGUGAUGCCGAGCUCCUCCUGGCCGCGUGUACCAGCGAUUUUGUGAUCCAUGGAACCAUCCACGGGGUUGCCCAUGACAUGGAGCUGCAGGAGUCUGUUAUCACCGUGGCAGCUGACCGUGUCCUUCGACAGAGCCUGCCACUAUUCCGGGUAGGGGGUUCUGGGGGCCAGGUGCAGGCCUCCAUUCAUACUCCAUUGCAGUGUGGCAUCCGCCCUGGCCCUGGCACCUUCCUCUUCAUGGGCUGGAGCCACUUCGGUGAAGCCUGGCUGGGCUGCGCACCCCGCUUCCAGGAAUUCAGUCGUGCUUACAUGGCUGCCCAUGCUGACCGUCUCCACCCCUGUGAGGUGGCAUUGGACUGAGGGGCCUGGGAGUCGGGUGCUGGGGAGAGCCUGGUGGGAGGGUGGGUGGGGAGGGGGUGGCCCCCAGAUGGCAUCGCCGUACCAACUGCCUCCGUGGCGGUGGCCAUAACCAAUAAGAACAUGGAUUUCAUCAGCUGCCACAGACGAGAGUCCUGUCCUGAGCCCAGCCCUGGGCCCUUCACCGCAUGGGUGCCUCCUUCCACCCUGGGCUAUGCUCUGGCUCCUGCUUUGCAGAGCAGGGCACUGAGGCUUGGGGGCCACGCUUCCUUGUCCAAAGCCACCCAGAGAGUGAGGGGAGAGUGGCCCCCAGUCAUGCCCCGGGGACGGCUGCUGCCCGGUUGGCGAAGGGAAAGCUGAGUCUCUGCCCUGCUGUUCCUGCCCACGAUGCCAGGUGCUUUCUUGGCUCAGAGCAGGAGUGGAAAAGAGGCUGUAGCUUCCAAAGUCUGAGUUGGGUGGGGUCCCAACAGGGCAUGAGGUAGGCAGGCAGGCAGACACCCCGUCCAGCCUGCAAGGGAAGGGGCUGCAAUCUGGCAGGGUGCCAACUCCCCUCCCUGGCCCGCCUUGAGCUCAGCAAAGCCACCCUGGCCUCAUCCCACCCCCAGGGAAGAAUGGGCCCCUCUGUCCCGAGGGCCCUGCAACGUGCAGAGCAUCCUGACGUGGUGUGGAGCAGGCAGGGUGUGGGAUCCCCCUCAGGGUCCGAAUGCUGCCCAUUUCCGGCGGGUGGGGGCACACAAUGGGGUCUCUGAGAACCGUUUCCCACCACCAGCCCGACUGCCGCCACUCCUGCCUGCCUUCUCCACCUCACACAAAGGGUCGGCGCUGUUCUCCGUCCCGGUCGGUGGGUGCGGGGGGCUCCCAAACCCGGGAUGAGCUCUGCUCACCCCCACCCUCUGGCGCUCAGAGAGAGCCGCAGCUGAAGCCUGACAGCACCUGGCUGAGCCUCAAACAGCUUCCCAUCCGUGCCAUUUCGCUGGGGAAGGCGCCGAGAAUACGGCUUUCAGGCAGGACCCGAGGCUGGGGGGAGACAAGGCUGUCCAGGGCCCACGUGGCCACUUCCUCCAGAUCCAGCUGGCAUGGGGCACCCAAUGUGGGUCAUGCCCUGAGUGAUACUCGGGUCACCUCUGGUGGCUGCCUAGGAAUUUCCAUGGGGUGGGCUCAAAACCCCACAUGCACACCCAUCUUACUUAAGACUGCUUUAUGGGGAGAGGGGGUGGCUGAUGAGAACUGGGUGAGGAACACUGCGGACAACAGUACUGGGCCUCUUCCCGGCACCAGCCCAAACUCCCAGCUGUGGAGUGCUCAGGGCUCAGGCCCCAGGCCCCUUGCAGCUUUAGACUCCACCAGCGUGCUGAUGACCCCUGGCCUGGACCUGUCUCCUGGAGUGCAGACCCUUUAAUCUCCGCUCUCCUCUCUCCACCAGGGAGUAUCUCAGUAGAGGCCAGAAAAGGAGGUAGGGUGUUCUGUAGGCCCGCCAUCCUCCUGUCUUGGGAGGCCCCAAGGAGGGCUCCCCUCCAGGGCUGAGCAGCACCCUCACCUUUGGCCUGAUUGUCUGGUCAGCUCCCCACAGCCUGCUUGGAAGGAGGACCCUGGCCGCACUGUGAACUGCCUCACAGACCACCUGCCUACAAAAAUAUGGGCAGCUGCUCUGGGGUGGGUCC